CUACCAGUACUUCAUUUAUUAAAUAUGCUUUUGAAAAAAUUGUUGAUAUAGUGUAUUUAAUCGGGACUGUUUUAUUCAACUGUUGGCACAAGGAUAUUUAUUUCAGACGUGGAUGGAUUAUUAUUCAUAUAUUUUUUCAGCAAACUCUUUAUUGAUUUAGACAUCAGAAGAAGACUUACUAAUAUUUAAGACUUAUUGAAAGUAUCAAACUAAUAGAAAAGGACAGAAAAAUAUUGAAAUUAAUUGAAUUAUACCAGGAAUUGUUGGAAAUAAAAGGAAAUUUAACAAAUUUGUAAGAAAUUUAUAGAAAUAGAGACUUAAAAACUUCAAACUCUCUGAAACAAGUUGACCAAGGUACCUUGAGUUUGCAGAAAAGUUUAUAUUGGUGAAUAAUUAUAAAAUUGGAGCACAAUAACAAAAUUGGUGAACAAUAACAAAACUGGUGAACAAUAACAAAAUUGGUGAACAAUUACAAAAUUGGCGAACAAUAAUAAAAUUUCUUCAUUUUUUACUGUUAAAGGUUGGAUCAUUUUGCUACUUUGACUGUUGUUGAAAAUUGGGAUAAAUAAACAAAACAAAUAUGCUGCCUCAUAGAUAAAUGGAUUAAAUCUACUCAUCAAUUAUAGGAAUAUAUUUUUCUACAUAUGAUCCUUCAUGCGAAAAAUUCAAGAGAUAUUCCCAAAGACUGACUUGAGGGCAGCAUGGCCAGACCAGAUGACAACACCAUCGUGUUCUUUCUCCUUGUAUUUAUCAAUCAACUAGCUUCAUUAACAGGCGAGACAGUGAGCGAAUGCUUCAAUGGUUCCCAGAGGUCGCUGCAGAUCAGGUGUGGUACCGGGCACAUGUUACGUAUAACUAAAGCGUUUUACGGCUACAGUGAUCGAGGACUGUGUUCGUAUUCACCCGGAGACUGUACUCAGGGCGAGCAUGAGGCGUACCCAUGCACGGGGCGUGACACGUGUAGCAUUAACCUACCAAGCGGCAGUUUUGGUCGGAAAUUAACAAACUGUGAUAAUAGAUACAGCACUUAUUUCCAAGUGGAAUACUCGUGCGAAAAAGUGAUAGACACAUACGAUAUAUGUAAACCAAAUGGUAACUCUGUCAUAAGAGCUCAGAGGGGAUUCAUAUCAACGCCAAAAUACCCGAAAAACUAUCCAAAUUCUCGAGAUUGUUUGGUGAAAAUAAUAGCAAAUCCUUCUCAAACGAUUAAUCUAACUAUAAUAGACAUGGACCUACAAAUAAAUGGAACUUACGGUUGUCACGAUUGGAUGUAUGCAUAUAACCAUGAGCGGAGCGUGACGCUGUGCGGCAGACGAACCAAUGAGAAACUGACCACGUUACGUAGCAACGAGAUAUCAAUAAGGUUUUCAGCAGAUGGAAGUAUAAGCAAUAAAGGUUUCUGGGUUUAUUAUGAAGCAUAUCCGCCACUACCUGUGACCACAUCAACGACAGAGAAGUUCACGACGGAGACAAAAACUAUCAAACCAUCUCCAGUUUAUAAACCUACAGUCAAAUCACCCGUUCAAGCCACUGAGAAACAACAAAAUACACAACCCAAAGAGGAGAAACUUCCCUUUGUUGCUAUAGUAGCGGGUGUUAUCGGAAGUCUCACGUUUAUCCUGAUAGUGCUGCUGAUACUGCUAGUGUACCGAUGGUGGCACGACAAACAAUCAUCGUACCGGCAUAAAUCUCAACACGUGGAAUAUCUGGAUGCAAGAAAUCCGGCAUUCAGAAGUAGUACGGGGACAGAAUUUCAGGGCAUAGAGAUUUACUACAACUGCUAGCAGUAGAAGGAAUAGGCUGCUUGCAUUAACCGAUAUUACUGCUAGCAGUAAAAUUGAAGUUUCUGCUAAAACACCAGUAGAUAGAGACUACUGUUACAGUAAGCAGUAAAAGAGACGUAACUGCUUGCAAAAUCGGGACUAUUUGUUAUUCAACUUGGGGCAAUAGAGGAAUAGUGCUUUUGUAAAAAAAAACAUGAAAAACUCAGAAAGGUGAAACUGCCAGCAUUAAAGGAAAAGUGAUUAUGUUGUGAUUGCCAGCAGUAAAAAUGGCAAAGCAGCCAGAAGUAACUGCACACGUUUAUGUUACUGCUAGCUAUUUGGGAAAAACCUACUAGUAUAAAUAUAGAAGAUGCUAGCAGUAGAAAGUUAAGAAGCAGUGAAAGUUUUGAAUAGUAAAAUAAGCUCAUCUCUGUAAGACUGCUUGCAGUAUGAACUAAUGAUAAUGAACCAAUGAAAAAAUUGCUUGCAGUUAAUUCAAAAAAUCAAUUCUUCAAACAACUGAUCACUUGAAGAAUUGAACGAGUUUCAAAAUUAUAUCAAAAAGUGCAAUUCAUAGUUAGAAAAAAACAAACAGUUUGUUUAGUAAACAGUUGGUUAGUGAACUAGUGAACUGAACAAUGGUCAACCAAGAAUUAAUGGUUAUAGAUAGCGAAUUUGGUUAGUUAGGAAUGGAAACCAAAUUGUUAACGUUGUUUGUGUGCCCGAUAAACCAUAUAUAUAUAUAUCAAGUGUGACAUGCGUAAAACAUGUUCAAUCAUGCAUAUCAGAACUCCCAGAACUCCCCCAUUGUAUUGAAGAUACGCUGUGAUUGUUUAUAAAAAGAUCAGGGACUUUAAAAACGACUUAAAGCAAGUCUCCGAUACUGUUCUAGGUAACUAUGUAAAACUCUAUGUGAGUAUGUGGAAACAGUGUGUACAGUGUAUUGAGUAAUAUUAUAUGCAAAAAAAAACAAAACAUAAUUAUUGUGUGAAUGCGGCAAAAUGUUGUUUUCACGUCAAAGAUGACCUGUUUUUACAAUAUUAAUACGCCACAGAUGGGCUUUUUUUAAAAUAUCUGUGAUAUGGAAUUACAACACAAUUUUGAGCAUUUCAACGGAAGACUGUCAUAAGUAAAUGAAUUUAACAAGUAAAUUACGACAGCAUUACGAUGAAUGCUCAAAAUAUCUCUGGAGUUUAAAAAACAAAAUGGCAAACAUUUACGUUAAGCUCUAGCAAGGAGUAUGUAAUCAUAAAGGUAGGGAAAUGUGUAUACAUCGUAAAAACAAUGUCAUUCCUUUCUAUAUUAUAUAAUAACAUGAAAAAAAACAAAGAUAACUGAACUAUUUUUUUCGCACAUUAACCAAUUAACACACUAUACUGACUUUAUGGAAAUACCAGUUAUCAAUUAGUGCAUUUAUGAGGAAGUUCGGUACUAUAAAGGUACCAUAAAACAUCUAAAAGGCUAAAAAUAAAAGUGACACUUAAAAGUAAUAUUCUAGCAUAUAAAUGUAAGAGUUAUUCCACUUCUUGGACAGUAUUCAAGAAGGUAAAAUAAUUUUCUAGUCUAUUUCUACAAAAAAAAGUGUGAAUAAAAAUUUAUAAACACUUUGAUAUGUUUCUACCCUAUAUUCAUUUAUAAUCUAUAAUGUUAAUAAUGUUUCCAAAAUUUUACAAUGAAAUUUAUUUCUGUACAUGCAUUUUUCAAAAAAUAUGUAAAGCCUUGAUGCUUAAGUUUAGUUUUCAUACUUAAUGCUAAAAUUUUCAUGUGUUGAAUCUUAAAAUUACACGUAUAUUUAUGGUAAUCAUAUUAUUUGUACAUUAUUUCCAUUUUUUUUAUUUUGUUAAAAUUUUUGUUAUAUUUGUUGGGAAUUGAAAAUUUGUGUAAAGCCAUAUGUAAAAAUUUGUAUUGUUUUGGAGUAAUUCCAAUAAAUUUUUAACCUUAGCCAGAAAAAUUAACAUAUUUUAUGUCAAUUUCACAAUAAAUCUAUUUUUAGAAAAUCAAGUAAAUUUACUUGUGAAAUUGCAAUGUUCCAUUUUACACCUUUGAAUGAAAUAUACUAAGAUUUUAAAAUAGUAAAAUGAUUUCAAACAAAAUUACAAAAAAAUAGAAUUAAAUUACGAAAAUUAUAUCAUUUUUGUGAAAUUACAAUGUUCUAUUUUCAGAAAUGUGUAACAAAUUAUUUUAUAUUUAAAUUCUUUUCAGAAAUUAAUUUGCAUUUUAACAGAAAUUGAAUCAGAUCUAUAUUUAGAAACAACACAUGGACAGGUUUAUAUGAAAAACACCUUGAUUUAUCUUGUAUAAGAAAUUUAAUCAUUUCAAAUGUCAUUGAAAGUUUUACUUUUCAAAGUUUUAUCUUCAUUUCAAUGAAUCACAUAAUAAAUUUAUCUCAUGAAUUUUGGAAAAGUUCUAUUUUUAGAAAUCUUAUCUAAUUAUUUUAAACAAAUUUUGCACUUAAGUGCAUUUUUACCUUAGAUGACAUUAGUUUACUAUACCAUAAUCAUGUACAUUGUACUUAUUAUUCAGUGAAACACAACAGUUUUGCCUUUUGUAAAUUAAAUUAGAU